AUGGCCACUCAGCGUUCUCCCUGUUUUCAUGGCCCCUCUGCGUUCUCCUUGUUUUCAUGGCCCCUCUCCGUUCUCCCUGUUUUAAUGGCCCCCCUGCGUUCUCCCUGUUUUCAUGGUCCCCCUGCGUUCUCCCUGUUUUCAUGCCCCCUCUCCGUUCUCCCUGAUUUCAUGCCCCCUCUCCGUUCUCCCUAUUUUCAUGCCCCCUCUCCGUUCUCUCUGUUUUCAUGCCCCCUCUCCUUCUCCCUGUAUUCGUGCCCCCUCUACGUUCUCCCUGUUUUCGUGCCCCCUCUGCGUUCUCCCUGUUUUCAUGCCCCCUCUGCGUUCUCCCUGUUUUCAUGCCCCCUCUCCGUUCUCCCUGUUUUCAUGCCCCCCUGUUUUCAUGCCCCCUCUCCGUUCUCCCUGUUUUCAUGCCCCCUCUCCGUUCGCCCUGUUUUUGGCCCCCUCUCCGUUCUCCCUGUUUUCGUGCCCCCUCUCCGUUCUCCUUGUUUUCAUGCCCCCUCUCCGUUCUCCCUUUUUCAUGGCCCCUCUGCGUUCUCCCUGUUUCCAUGUUCCUUCUCCGUUCUCCCUGUUUUCAUGCCCCCCCCUGCAUUCUCCCUAUUUUCAUGGCCCCCUGGCGUUCUCCCUAUUUUCAUGGCCCCUCUCCGUUCUCCCUGUUUGCAUGCCCCCUAUCCGUUCUCCCUGUUUUCGUGCCCCCUCUCCGUUCUCCUUGUUUUCAUGCCCCCUCUCCGUUCUCCCUGUUUUCAUGGCCCCUCUCCGUUCUCCCUGUUUUCAUGGCCCCUCUCCGUUCUCCCUGUUUUCAUGCCCCCUCUGCGUUCUCCUUGUUUUCAUGCCCCCUCUGCGUUCUCCUUGUUUUCAUGCCCCCUCUGCGUUCUCCCUGUUUUCAUGCCCCCCUGUUUUCAUGCCCCCUCUCCAUUCUCCCUGUUUUCGUGCCCCCUCUCCGUUCUCCCUGUUUUCGUGCCCCCUCUCCGUUCUCCCUGUAUUCAUGCCCCCUCUCUGUUCUCCCUGUUUUCGUGCCCCCCUCUCCGUUCUCCCUGUUUUCAUGCCCCCUCUCCGUUCUCCCUGUUUUCAUGCCCCCUCUGCGUUCUCCCUGUGUUCAUGCCCCCUCUGCGAUCUCCCUAUUUCCAUGCCCCCAUUGCGUUCUCCUUGUUUUCAUGCCCCCUCUGCAUUCUCCCUGUUUUCAUGCCCCCUCUGCGUUCUCCCUGUUUUCAUGCCCCCUCUCCGAUCUCCCUGUUUUCGUGCCCCCUCUCCGUUCUCCCUGUUUUCAUGCCCUCUCUCUGUUCUCCCUAUUUUCGUACCCCCUCUCCGUUCUCCCUGUUUUCAUGCCCCCUCUCCGUUCUCCUUGUUUUCGUGCCCCCUCUGCGUUCUCCCUGUUUUCAUGCCCCCUUUGCGUUCUCCUUGAUUACAUGCCCCCCUUGCGUUCUCCCUGUUUUCAUGCCCCCUCCGCGUUCUCCCUGUUUUCAUGCCCCCCUGUUUUCAUGCCUCCUCUCCGUUCUCCCUGUUUUCAUGCCCCCUCUCCAUUCACCCUGUUUUCGUGCCCCCUCUCCGUUCUCCCUGUUUUCAUGCCCCCUCUGCGUUCUCCCUGUUGUCAUGCCCCCUCUUCGUUCUCCCUGUUUUCAUGCCCCCCUGUUUUCAUGCCCCCUCUCCGUUCUCCCUGUUUUCAUGCCCCAUCUCCGUUCUCCCUGUUUUUGUGCCCCCUCUCCGUUCUCCCUGUUUUCAUGCCCCCUCUCUGUUCUCCCUGUUUUCGUGCCCCCCUCUCCAUUCUCCCUGUUUUCAUGCCCCCUCUCCGUUCUCCCUGUUUUCAUGCCCCCUCUGUGUUCUCCCUGUGUUCAUGCCCCCUCUGCGUUCUCCCUGUUUUCAUGCCCCCUCUCCGUUCUCCCUGUUUUCACGCCCCCUCUCGGUUCUCCUUGUUUUCGUGCCCCCUCUCCGUUCUCCUUUUUUUCAUGCCCCCUCUCUGUUCUCCCUGUUUUCGUGCCCCCCUCUCCGUUCUCCCUGUUUUCAUGCCCCCUCUGCGUUCUCCCUGUGUUCAUGCCCCCUCUGCAUUCUCCCUAUUUCCAUGCCCCCAUUGCGUUCUCCAUAUUUUCAUGCCCCCUCUGCAUUCUCCCUGUUUUCAUGCCCCCUCUGCGUUCUCCCUGUUUUCGUGCCCCCUCUCCGUUCUCCCUGUUUUCAUGCCCCCUCUCCGUUCUCCCUGUUUCAUGCCCCCUCUGCGUUCUCCCUGUGUUCAUGCCCCCUCUGCAUUCUCCCUAUUUCCAUGCCCCCAUUGCGUUCUCCAUAUUUUCAUGCCCCCUCUGCAUUCUCCCUGUUUUCAUGCCCCCUCUGCGUUCUCCCUGUUUUCGUGCCCCCUCUCCGUUCUCCCUGUUUUCAUGCCCCCUCUCCGUUCUCCCUGUUUCAUGCCCCCUCUGCGUUCUCUCUGUGUUCAUGCCCCCUCUGCAUUCUCCCUAUUUCCAUGCCCCCAUUGCGUUCUCCAUAUUUUCAUGCCCCCUCUGCAUUCUCCCUGUUUUCAUGCCCCCUCUGCGUUCUCCCUGUUUUCGUGCCCCCUCUCCGUUCUCCCUGAUUUCUUGCCCCCUCUCCGUUCUCCCUGUUUUCAUGCCCCCUUUGCGUUCUCCUUGUUUUCAUGCCCCCUCUGCGUUCUCCCUGUUUUCAUGCCCCCCUGUUUUCAUGCCCCCUCUCCAUUCUCCUUGUUUUCAUGCCCCCUCUCCGUUCUCCCUGUUUUCGUGCCCCCUCUCUGUUCUCCCUGAUUUCAUGCCCCCUCUCUGUUCUCCCUGUUUUCGUGCCCCCUUUCCGUUCUCACUGUUUUCAUGCCCCCUCUCCGUUCUCCCUGUUUUCAUGCCCCCUCUGCGUUCUCCCUGUUUUCAUGCCCCCUCUGCGUUCUCCCUGUUUUCAUGCCCCCCUGUUUUCAUGCCCCCUCUCCGUUCUCCCUGUUUUCAUGCCCCCUCUCCGUUCGCCCUGUUUUCGUGCCCCCUCUCCGUUCUCCCUGUUUUCGUGCCCCCUCUCCGUUCUCCUUGUUUUCAUGCCCACUCUCCGUUCUCCCUGAUUUCAUGCCCCCUCUCCGUUCUCCCUGUUUUCAUGCCCCCUUUGCAUUCUCCUUGUUUUCAUGCCCCCUCUGCGUUCCCCCUGUUUUCAUGCCCCCCUGCUUUCAUGCCCCCUCUCUAUUCUCCCUGUUUUCAUGCCCUCUCUCCGUUCUCCCUGUUUUCGUGCCCCCUCUCCGUUCUCCCUGAUUUCAUGACCCCUCUCUGUUCUCCCUGUUUUCGUGCCCCCUCUCCGUUCUCCCUGUUUUCAUGCCCCCUCUCCGUUCUCCCUGUUUUCAUGCCCCCUGUCCGUUCUCCUUGUUUUCGUGCCCCCUCUGCGUUCUCCCUGUUUUCAUGCCCCCUUUGCGUUCUCCUUGUUUUCAUGCCCCCCUUGCGUUCUCCCUGUUUUCAUGCCCCCUCCGCGUUCUCCCUAUUUUCAUGCCCCCCUGUUUUCAUGCCUCCUCUCCGUUCUCCCUGUUUUCGUGCCCCCUCUCCGUUCUCCCUGUUUUCAUGCCCCCUGUCCGUUCUCCUUGUUUUCGUGCCCCCUCUGCGUUCUCCCUGUUUUCAUGCCCCCUUUGCGUUCUCCUUGUUUUCAUGCCCCCCUUGCGUUCUCCCUGUUUUCAUGCCCCCUCCGCGUUCUCCCUAUUUUCAUGCCCCCCUGUUUUCAUGCCCCCUCUCCAUUCACCCUGUUUUCGUGCCCCCUCUCCGUUCUCCCUGUUUUCAUGCCCCCUCUGCGUUCUCCCUGUUUUCAUGCCCCCUCUCCGUUCUCCCUGUUUUUGUGACCCCUCUCCGUUCUCCCUGUUUUCAUGCCCCCUCUCUGUUCUCUCUGUUUUCGUGCCCCCCUCUCCGUUCUCCCUGUUUCCAUGCCCCCUCUCCGUUCUCCCUGUUUUCAUGCCCCCUCUGCGUUCUCCCUGUGUUCAUGCCCCCUCUGCGUUCUCCCUGUUUUCAUGCCCCACUGUUUUCAUGCCCCCUCUCCGUUCUCCUUGUUUUCGUUCCCCCUCUCCGUUCUCCCGGUUUUCCUGCCCCCUCUCUGUUCUCCCUGUUUUCGUGCCCCCCUCUCCGUUCUCCCUGUUUUCAUGCCCCCUCUCCGUUCUCCCUGUUUUCAUGCCCCCUCUGCGCCCCCUCUGCGUUCUCCCUGUUUUCAUGCCCCCUCUGCGUUCUCCCUGUUUUCAUGCCCCCUCUCCGUUCUCCCUGUUUUCAUGCCCUCUCUCUGUUCUCCCUCUUUUCGUGCCCCCUCUCCGUUCUCCCUGAUUUCAUGCCCCCUCUCUGUUCUCCCUGUUUUCAUGCCCUCUCUCCGUUCUCCCUGUUUUCAUGCCCCCUCUCUGUUCUCCCUGUUUUCAUGCCCCCUCUCCGUUCUCCCUGUUUUCGUGCCCCUUCUGCGUUCUCCCUCAUGCCCCCCUGUUUUCAUGCCCCCUCUCCGUUCUCCCUGUUUUUAUGCCCCCUCUCCGUUCUCCCUGUUUUCAUGCCCCCUCUCCGUUCUCCCUGUUUUCAUGCCCCCUCUCCGUUCGCCCUGUUUUCGUGCCCCCUCUCCGUUCUCCCUGUUUUGGUCGCCCCUCUCCGUUCUCCUUGUUUUCAUGCCCCCUCUCCGUUCUCCUUGUUUUCAUGCCCCCUCUCCGUUCUCCCUAUUUUCAUGCCCCCUCUCCGUUCUCCCUGUUUUCAUGCCCCCUUUGCGUUCUCCUUGUUUUCAUGCCCCCUCUGCGUUCUCCCUGUUUUCAUGCCCCCCUGUUUUCAUGCCCCCUCUCCGUUCGCCCUGUUUUCGUGCCCCCUCUCCGUUCUCCCUGUUUUGGUCGCCCCUCUCCGUUCUCCUUGUUUUUGUGCCCCCUCUCCGUUCUCCUUGUUUUCAUGCCCCAUCUCCGUUCUCCCUGAUUUCAUGCCCCCUCUCCGUUCUCCCUGUUUUCAUGCCCCCUUUGCGUUCUCCUUGUUUUCAUGCCCCCUCUGCGUUCUCCCUGUUUUCAUGCCCCCCUGUUUUCAUGCCCCCUCUCCGUUCUCCCUGUUUUCGUGCCCCCUCUCCGUUCUCCCUGUGUUCAUGCCCCCUCUCCGUUCUCCCUGUUUUUAUGCCCCCUCUCAGUUCUUCUUGUUUUCGUGCCCCCUCUGCUUUCUCCCUGUUUUCAUGCCCCCUUUGCGUUCUCCCUGUUUUCAUGCCCCCUCUGGGUUCUCCCUGUUUUCAUGCCCCCCUGUUUUCAUGCCUCCUCUCCGUUCUCCCUGUUUUCAUGCCCCCUCUCCGUUCACCCUGUUUUCGUGCCCCCUCUCCGUUCUCCCUGUUUUCAUGCCCCCUCUGCGUUCUCCCUGUUUUCAUGCCCCCUCUGCGUUCUCCUUGUUUUCAUGCCCCCCUGUUUUCAUGCCCCCUCUGCGUUCUCCCUGUUUUCAUGCCCCCUCUCCGUUCUCCCUGUUUUCGUGCCCCCUCUCCGCUCUCCCUGUUUUCGUGCCCCCUCUCCGUUCUCCCUGUUUUCGUGCCCUCUCUCUGUUCUCCCUGUUUUCGUGCCCCCUCUCCGUUCUCCCUGAUUUCGUGCCCCCUCUCUGUUCUCCCUGUUUUCGUGCCCCCUCUCCGUUCUCCCUGUUUUCGUGCCCCCUCUCCAAUCUCUCUGUUUUCUUGCCCCCUCUCCGUUCUCCCUGUUUUCAUGCCCCCUCUCCGUUCUCCCUGUUUUCAUGCCCCCUUUACGUUCUCCUUGUUUUCAUGCCCCCUCUGCGUUCUCCCUGUUUUCAUGCCCCCCUGUUUUCAUGCCCCCUCUCCAUUCUCCUUGUGUUCAUGCCCCCUCUCCGUUCUCCCUGUUUUCGUGCCCCCUCUGUGUUCUCCCUGAUUUCAUGCCCCCUCUCUGUUCUCCCUGUUUUCGUGCCCCCUUUCCGUUCUCACUGUUUUCAUGCCCCCUCUCCGUUCUCCCUGUUUUCAUGCCCCCUCUGCGUUCUCCCUGUUUUCAUGCCCCCUCUGCGUUCUCCCUGUUUUCAUGCCCCCCUGUUUUCGUGCCCCCUCUCCGUUCUCCCUGUUUUCAUGCCCCCUCUCCGUUCUCCCUGA